AGAGAUGCCACCCCCUGCCGCAGGCCCCCCAGCAGUGACCCCUCCGGACGGGGGCUGGGGCUGGGCCGUGGUGCUGGGAUCCUUCAUCUCCAUCGGCUUCUCCUACGCCUUCCCCAAGGCCAUCACCGUCUACUUCAAGGACAUCCAGAAGAUCUUUGAUUGCUCCUACAGCCAGAUAGCAUGGAUCUCCUCCAUCAUGCUGGCCGUCAUGUACGCAGGAGGUCCCAUAAGCAGUGUACUGGUAAACACAUAUGGCUGCAGACCUGUCAUGAUCAUGGGGGGAGUACUGUCUUCUAUUGGGUUGAUAUCCGCUUCCUUCUGCAACAGCGUGGUGGAGCUUUAUGUUUGCAUCGGUCUUAUAGGAGGCCUGGGCCUAGCCUUUAACCUUCAGCCAGCCCUGACUAUGAUUGGCAAGUACUUCUAUAAGAAGCGUCCCAUCGCUAACGGAAUAGCCAUGGCCGGUAGCCCAGUGUUCCUGAGCAGCCUAGCCCCUUUCAACCAGUACCUGUUCAACUCCUUCGGCUGGAGGGGCAGCUUCCUCAUCCUGGGGGGCAUACUGCUCAAUUGCUGUGUGGCUGGCUCCCUGAUGAGGCCCCUGGGGCCACCGCUGGGCAAGAUCAAGAAGGAUGAGGAGUUGGUUGUUGCCAAAACCGCCACCAAGAAGAAGGAGACGACCACUUGUUUGGGGACUGUCAACAAGUUCAUUGACCUGUCGCUUUUCAAGCACCGCGGUUUCCUCAUCUACCUGUCAGGCAACGUCAUCAUGUUCUUGGGCUUUUUCUCGCCAAUCGUCUUCCUGACGGCCUAUGCCAAGGACAUAGGCGUGGACGAGUACUCGGCCGCCUUCCUGCUCUCCAUCCUGGCCUUCGUGGACAUGUUUGCCCGGCCCUCCAUGGGGCUCCUGGCCAACUCCAAGUGGAUCCGGCCCAGGAUCCAGUACUUCUUCAGCUUCGCCGUGCUCUACAACGGGGUGUGCCACAUCCUCUGCCCCCUGGUGGAGAGCUACACAGGCCUGGUGGUGUACGCCGUGUUCUUUGGCUUUGCCUUCGGCAUGGUCAGCUCGGUGCUGUUUGAGACCCUGAUGGACCUGGUGGGGGCUCAGAGGUUCUCCAGCGCUGUGGGGCUCACCACCAUUGUGGAGUGCUGCCCUGUCCUCAUUGGUCCACCCCUGGCAGGUAAACUGGUGGACAUCACCAAAAACUACAAGUACAUGUAUUUCUGCUGUGGGGCUGUGGUGAUCAUGGCCAGUAUUUGGCUGUUCAUCGGCAACUUCAUCAACUACAGACUCCUGGCCAAGGAGCGCAAGCAGGAGGAGAUGUACAAACGGACUGAAACCGAGGACCCUGACAGGGACCAUGACCAAAAGGAGACAGAUGGGGACGCCCAGGCAUUGGAGGACAUGGUAGACCCCAAAGAUGAGGACGCCAUGCAGAGGGAGACCAACAUCUAG